GAAAGGCUGAGGCGUCGCGGAAAAUUGUCGGCUUCGUCAUCCCCAGCAGGCACCGCAGCGUCCCUCCCCUGGCUGCUCCAGUCCGAUGCGCCGUCGCCCAUCGCCGUCGCCGUCGUUGUCGCCCUCACCAGCCACAACGCCAUCACCUCCCCCCCUUCGCGCUUCGCAAUCUUCUUUCCCAUCACUUCCUUCAAGCCUUGCUGAUGCUUGAAUAAACCCACUCAUCUGGCGCUGCCCAUCUCCCCUGUCCUCGCCCUUUACCCCCCCGCCUUUGCUCACCCGAGUCCCGGUGACCCGUCACCAUGGGUAUAUCCAGGCGUCCCAAGAACAAGGGCGCGCAGGGCGCGCAAGCUGACGCCUCCGGUGCACGCGGAGGCGCCGGCGCGAGACCCAAGAAGGCCACCUUCGAGGUCACCAAGAAGAAAGAAAUAGGCGUAUCCGACUUGACCUUGCUGAGCAAAGUCUCAAAUGAGGCCAUCAACGACAAUCUCAAGAAGCGCUUCGAGGGCGGCGAAAUAUACACCUACAUCGGGCACGUCCUGGUCUCCGUCAACCCCUUCCGCGACCUGGGCAUCUACACCGACCACGUGCUUGAGAGUUACAAGGGAAAGAACCGCCUCGAGAUGCCCCCCCACGUCUUCGCCAUCGCCGAAUCCGCCUAUUACAAUAUGAAAGCCUAUAGCGACAACCAGUGCGUCAUCAUUUCGGGCGAGUCUGGCGCCGGCAAGACCGAGGCUGCCAAGCGCAUCAUGCAGUAUAUAGCAAGUGUCUCGGGCGAACAGUCGGGCGAUAUCAAAAAGAUCAAGGAAAUGGUGCUGGCCACAAACCCCUUGCUGGAAUCUUUUGGAAACGCAAAGACGCUGCGCAACAACAACUCGUCGAGAUUCGGCAAAUAUCUCCAAAUUCACUUCAACUCGAGGGGCGAACCUGUCGGCGCGGACAUCACCAACUACCUCCUCGAGAAGUCGCGAGUUGUCGGCCAGAUCGCAAACGAGCGAAAUUUCCACAUCUUCUAUCAGUUCACCAAGGGUGCCUCGCGGCAGUACCAAGAGCUGUUUGGCAUCCAGAAGCCCGAAACCUACGUCUACACAAGCCGCUCCAGGUGCUUCGACGUCGACGGCAUCGACGAUCUUGCAGAAUUUCAAGACACUCUGAACGCCAUGAACAUUAUUGGGUUGAGCCAGGCUGAACAAGAUGAGAUAUUUCGUAUGCUAGCCGCUGUCCUGUGGAUUGGGAACAUCCAGUUUCAAGAGGACCAGAGCGGCUACGCCGCAGUGGCAGAUCAGUCCGUGGUCGACUUCGUCGCGUAUCUCUUAGAGGCGACCCCCGAGCAGGUGGUAAACGCCAUCACAAUUCGCAUUUUGACUCCGCGCAACGGCGAGGUCAUCGAAUCUCCUGGCAACCCCGCGCAGGCUACCGCCACCAGAGAUGCCUUGGCCAAGGCCAUAUACAGCAAUCUUUUCGACUGGAUCGUGGAGCGCAUCAAUACAUCACUCAAGUCUAGACAAGCGACGUCCAACUCAAUUGGUAUUUUGGACAUUUACGGAUUCGAAAUCUUUGAGAAAAAUAGCUUCGAGCAGCUAUGCAUCAACUACGUCAACGAGAAGCUCCAGCAGAUCUUUAUCCAACUCACCCUCAAGACCGAGCAAGAAGAAUAUGCCAGAGAGAAGAUUCAGUGGACCCCCAUAAAGUACUUCGACAACAAAGUCGUUUGUGACCUAAUCGAGCAGGUCCGGCCUCCAGGCAUCUUCUCGGCCAUGAAGGACGCAACCAAGACAGCACACGCUGACCCUGCCGCCUGCGACCGUACAUUUAUGCAGAGCAUCAAUGGCAUGUCGCACGCGCAUUUGACGCCGCGCCAGGGCAACUUUAUUGUCAAGCACUACGCAGGUGACGUGGCCUACACCGUCGACGGCAUUACCGACAAGAACAAGGACCAGCUUCUGAAGGGCCUCCUAAAUCUGUUCUCCAAGAGCGGGAACCAAUUUAUUCACACCCUUUUCCCUCACCAAGUUGAUCAGGAUAAUCGAAAACAGCCCCCGUCGGCCGGUGACCGCAUUCGCACCUCUGCCAAUGCCCUGGUGGACACGCUCAUGAAGUGUCAGCCUUCUUAUAUUCGAACCAUCAAACCAAACGAGAACAAGUCUCCCACAGAAUACAACAGCCCCAACGUUCUGCACCAGAUCAAGUAUUUGGGCCUUCAAGAGAACGUUCGUAUACGUCGCGCCGGCUUUGCCUACCGUCAAGCCUUUGACAAAUUUGUGGACCGAUUCUUUCUCCUCUCGCCCGCGACGUCUUACGCAGGAGAGUACACAUGGCAAGGAUCUUACGAAGAGGCAGUAAAGCAAAUCUUGAAGGAUACCAGCAUUCCCAAGGAGGAAUGGCAACUAGGUGUCACCAAGGCAUUCAUCAAGGCGCCCGAGACGCUGUUUGCUCUGGAGCACAUGCGUGAUCGAUACUGGCACAACAUGGCCACCCGUAUCCAGAGGAUGUGGCGGGCGUACCUAGCAUACCGCGCCGAGUCAGCCACUCGCAUCCAACGAAUGUGGAGGAAGAAGAGGACCGGUGCCGAAUUCCUGCAGCUGCGUGACCAGGGCCAUCGCGUGCUGCAGGGCCGCAAGGAAAGGCGAAGAAUGAGUCUCUUGGGCUCCCGCAGAUUUCUCGGAGACUAUUUGGGCAUAAACGCGUCCAGUGGGCCAGGCGCUCACAUCCGCAACGCUGCAAACAUUGGAUCUAACGAGCGGGCCGUGUUCUCUUGCCGCGGCGAGAUUCUCGAGGCCAAGUUUGGACGGUCCAGCAAGCCAAGCCCGCGGAUCAUCGUUGUGACCAACAGCAAGUACUACAUCAUUGCUCAGAUCCUGGUAAAUGGCCAGCCCCAAAUCUCGGUGGAAAAGGCCGUUCCACUUGGAGCCAUCAAGUACAUCGGCGCUUCCACCUCCCAGGACGACUGGUUCUCCCUUGGCAUUGGGUCUGCUCAGGAGCCGGAUCCCCUGAUGAACUGUGUCUUCAAGACCGAGAUGCUCACCCAGAUGCAACGAUACAUGCCGGGGGGUUUCAACUUGAAGAUUGCGGAUGUGAUUGAAUAUGCCAAGAAGCCAGGCAAGAUGCAACAAGUCAAGGUCAUGAAAGACUCGCAACAGCGCGCGGACUUCUACAAGAGUGGUGCCGUCCACACGCAUCAGGGAGAGCCACCCAACUCAGUCUCAAGGCCGACACCAAGGGCGAAGCCCGUGCCGCCUCGGCCUAUUACACGGGGUAAACUCAUCAAGCCCGGCGGCCCUAGCGGGCGGCCUUCUCGACUCACUGGCAGCCGAACUGUGCAGCCGAGACCAGGCGCAGGCGGUGCCCGAGCAGUGCCCCAACCCCCUGCAGCCGUAACAACUGCAUCGCAAGCUGCGUCGAGGGCGCCGGUCCCUACGCCGGUGCCAACACCCUCCCCAGCGGCCGCGGCGACAGCACACAAACCGCUUCCGAGCCACACCCGGAACCAAGGAAGCAAUGGGGGAGGUAGCGCAGCGCGUGCGCCUCCGCCUCCGCCACCCGCCGCUCCCCCCGCAAAGCCCAAGAUCAUGGCAAAGGUUUUGUACGACUUCGCUGGUCAAAGGGAGAACGAGUUGUCUAUCAAGGCAGGUGACGUCAUUGAGAUAGUUCAGAAAGAAACGAAUGGGUGGUGGUUAGCCAAGAACGCCCAGGGACAAGCUUGGGUGCCGGCGGCGUACGUAGAGGAGCAGGCAGCUCCGGCACCGGCACCUCGAGCUCCUCCAGCCCCCCCUGCCGCCAAAGCGAAGCCUCCCGCGCCGCCCGCCAAGCGCCCGGCUGCUGGGCGCAAGCCUGCUGAUCUCGGCCAGCGAGAUUCAGGCAUGAGCCUCAAUGGGGCCAGCGGGUCCGACGGCAGCCGUAGCAACACGCCCACGCCCAGCCUAGGGGGCAGCUUGGCAGAUGCGCUCUUGGCUCGCAAGAACGCCAUGCAGAAUAGGGAGAAAGAUGACGACGACUGGUAGAUGCGGCACGAUCUCAACGCCUCAUGACCUUGCGAAACGUCGAUAGAUGUUCAGAGCCCAGAGAUCUUGCUCCGGGCACGCUUGCUUAGACGGAAUCAGUUUCUUGCGUGGACCAGUUCAUGGCAUUCCAGCAUGCUCUAGGGGGCAACGGACGGUGUGCAUGUGACGGGUAUAUAUGGGAUCGACGCUGGCGAUGAGGGCAGUGGAAACAGUGGCGAUUCGCAUUGGCCGUUUUCAGAAGCAGUUCUUAUUCGGCACUUAGAAUCUCAAAUUGAUACAAGCAGAGUCUCUGAUGGGGCUACGAUUGUCUUCCUGAUGCCUCAAGCAAGGCCUGUUCUACAACAUCAAAGUUGAAAUGAGUCUCGGAACAGGACUCACAAAAUAUCAUCGCCUUUAUGGUACACUUUUCUCCGACGCAACAACUCUCCUAAAGGCACGUCAUCAUCGCUAAGCGCGCCGAGAUCGGCAGCAUUCUCUGCGUCCUCAUCCACACCAAAGUCUCGAAGUCGCUCACCGUCUGAAUUCGCCCAUUCGGCGGAGUCGAGUGAGUGCUGAUCG